AUGGGUAAGGGCGGCUCAGUGACAAAUGCGCUAAACCAAAAGGUUUAUAACCUAAUACACGACCUUCUUCAGGAUAAGAGUGACGAGAAUAAGAAAAAAAACGAUGGCGACGAAAACAAGUGGUUUUUGAACUACGCUCUUGCGAGAGAUCUUCGAAGAAGCGAGGUAUUGUCGUAUUUGCUCGAUAAAGACAUGCUGAUGCGCCGCUAUAAGCGCUCUAUUCUUGAAAACACCAUAGAUAUUAUUUUGAAAACUGUGAGAGAGGACGAACAAGAAGAGCUUGCAGAGGUGAUAAAGCUCCAGAAUGAGUAUGAACUCAAGCAGGCCGCACAAAUUGAUAGUGAUUUCGACAGCGUCGACGCGAAUAAUCUCAUGACUGUAAAGGAUACGAAUGAGCUCAACAAGUCGGUCGUGUCAAUGUGGAGCAAAGACAACGAGAAACCUGAGAGCGACGCCGAAGAAAAGAAGCCCAAGAAGAGAGGCCGAGACUCGGCAAAGACUGCUUCAAAACAUAAGAAGUCGAAGAUCGACUCUACUCCACCGUCAUUGACUUUGCUGUCCCUUGGCGGACUUUCUUCGAUAACAACUCAACUCAUGGAGCUUGUUGGUCUUCCCAUUUUGCACCCUGAAAUCUACCAGUCGACCGGAGUCGAUCAUCCUAGAGGCAUCCUUCUUUACGGCCCACCGGGAUGUGGUAAGACUACAAUCGCCAAUGCAUUAGCUGGAGAACUAGGCGUACCAUUCAUCAGUUUUUCGGCGCCCUCGGUGGUAUCAGGUAUGUCGGGUGAGUCCGAGAAAAAGCUUAGAGAAAUUUUUGAGGAUGCCCGUGCUGUGGCUCCAUGCUUGAUCUUCAUCGAUGAAAUCGACGCUAUCACUCCCAAAAGAGACGGUGGAGCUCAGAGAGAGAUGGAGCGCCGUAUAGUUGCACAGCUUCUUACGCUCAUGGACGAACUCACUCUUGAGAACACUGACGGCAAACCAGUGAUAGUUAUGGGUGCUACGAAUAGACCAGAUUCUCUCGAUCUGGCAUUACGUCGUGCUGGGCGUUUUGAUAGAGAAAUCUGCCUCAAUGUCCCGGAUGAAGACCAGAGAUGCGCCAUACUCAAAACGAUGACUUCCAAACUCAAGAUCGACGAGUCUACUUUCAACUUCAGAGAGCUUGCGAAGCUCACACCAGGUUUUGUUGGUGCUGAUUUGAAGAGUUUAGUCACUGCUGCAGGAGUAGUUGCCAUAAAACGUAUCUUUGAGAGUUUGAGUGAAAUCGAGGAAGAACUGGCGACAAGGUCCGAUACUGUAGACAUGGACGUGGAUACACAUACUGCCUCAAGUCUGACUGCUAUACCGACUGCCCUAGCAAACUUGAAAUUCCUGAAGAAAUCAGAGGCCGAACAACUAAGCACGAUUCAAAGAUUUUUAUUGAAACAUCCAGACCCUCUUUCAGACGAGCAGUUGGCACCACUACGGAUAUCAUUCUCAGAUUUCAAAGAGGCCCUACCUAACAUUCAGCCUACAGCUAAGCGUGAAGGUUUUGCUACGAUCCCCGAUGUCACUUGGAGAAAUGUUGGUGCACUUAAUCGGAUUCGCAUGGAACUUCAUAUGUGUAUUGUUCAGCCCAUCAAGAAGCCAGAACUCUAUCAAAAAGUUGGUAUCAGUGCUCCGGCUGGUGUCCUCAUGUGGGGACCUCCUGGAUGCGGUAAGACAUUGUUGGCCAAGGCCGUAGCCAACGAAUCCAGAGCCAACUUCAUCUCUGUCAAAGGUCCCGAACUUCUCAACAAGUAUGUUGGUGAGUCUGAACGUGCAGUGAGACAGGUAUUUCAACGUGCUCGUGCAUCAGUUCCAUGUAUUAUAUUCUUUGACGAGCUUGAUGCUCUCGUACCAAGAAGAACCUCUACGCUUUCGGAGUCAAGUUCUAGAGUGGUCAAUACCCUUCUCACAGAACUAGACGGUUUGAAUGAUCGUAAAGGUAUCUUUGUCGUUGGAGCAACUAAUAGACCAGACAUGAUUGACCCUGCCAUGUUGAGACCAGGACGUCUCGAUAAGACGCUUUAUAUUGAAUUACCGUCAGCAGACGAACGCUUUGACAUCCUCAAGACACUUGUUGCGGCAAAUAGCACUCCUCUUGGCACAGACGUUAAUUUGCAUGCUAUUGCUAACGAUUCUAGAUGUCGAAACUUCUCUGGUGCUGACCUUUCAUCGUUGGUGAGAGAGGCAGGCGUGUUUGCCUUGAAGAAGAAAUUUUUCCAUGGCCAAAAGAUCCAAGAGUUGGAUAAGUCUGGGUAUUACGAGGGCGGUGAAGACGACGAUCAAAUUGUCGUAACUAGUGAUGACUUUAAUGGCGCUCUCAAUAGCAUAAAACCUAGUGUGACAGAUAAGGAUCGUGCAAGAUACGAGCGCUUGAAUCUGCGAAUGGGAUGGGGUGUAAUUCAAGAGGAGGAGAAAAAAGAGGAGCCCUCUACAUAG